GUGGUGUCACAUAACCUAUUUGCUGUAAUUGUUUACGUAGUGUAUACAAAUUUUCAUACCUCUUAUGAUAUUUUUUGUAUUUAAAGGUGCGCUUUAUAAUGUUCGCGUUAAUGAAAGAAGUGAUUUUCUGGAGCUUCGAUGAUAAUAUAAGCAUAGAAGACACAGAUUUUGGUGCAUUCAAAUACCAUGAUAAACGAAUUGAUGGCAUGUAUGAAGAAGGUAAAAGAUCUUACUGCCAAGAGCGUGGUAUGACUUAUGUUCCAGAAAACAAAAAGGGAAACAAGUUAAAACAUUCUAUUAAAUAUUUGGAGGAUCAACUCAGAGAUAAUUCUGUAAUUUAUUGUCAAUGGUACAAUCAUUCUGUUGUACAAUUAAUGCUCAGCAAUGGUUUGUUAGUACAAAUACAAGUUUGCCUCUUCAGUGGUGAUAUACGAGAAAUUCAUUUUGAUAAAUAUCUCGUAGGGAAAUUAUCAGAACAUGUGUCCGAUGUCAUUAUUACUAAGAAUCAUUUAGUUUGUAUAUACAAUGAUAACCUAGUGACAUUGGUAUAUUUUACAAAAGCGAAAACACAUGUUUUUGACAAGAUCAAUAAAUUAGAACCUAAGUUAAUCACGACAGAUUUAUUUGUGCCUAAUGGACGUAGACUUGACAAGAAAAUUCAAGUAAACAAGUCUGCUGACUUGAUAUUAAUUUGGCGAAAAUCUACAAUGAAUGAAGUUUUUCCAUGGAGUCCUGCUAUGAAACAAUAUCAUCGUGCAAACAUGCAUCUGUUUCGACUUACAGGAACAAAGUUAGAAUUGUUAUGUUACAUUCGUACUGAAUUUGAUCCUUUGUGUAUUAUGUUUGAUAUAUGUGAUGACAACAUUAUUCAUUCUGUAGAACAAAAAGUUUCUAGGAAGGGAGAAGUCACUGUAGAGUGGCGUACUUACGAAGUUUCUCGGCAAAAUAAAUUAAAAAGAAUUGCCGUAAUCUCCGUAUCACUGCCGACGCAUACAAGUUGCGUGAGAUUUUCGCCUCAUCAAGAAUUAUUGCUAUUAUGUUGCAUUGAUGGCACUAUUAUGAUAUAUGAUCAAACGAAAUCAACAACUACUAGUAUAAAGGCAGCGUUUAUACCGACUUUGGCUGCUUGGCAUAGUGAUGGUAUAAUAUUCGUAGUGGGUAAUGACAGAGGUCAGUUUCAACAUUUUGAUAUCACUUUAACGUGUAUCAAAAGCCAGACAUUGAACGACGAAACAACGCCAGCAAAUAUUCUUGAUUUGUCACCAUAUUUCAAGAAUCAGCAUACCUUGUUACAUAUGGAAUGGAAUAGGAAAAGCGACACGAAUCAAAUUCAUUAUUACAACAAUAACAAUGCUUUAUUCUUGUUACUUUUCGAACGAGGACCGAUUGGCGUUAUUAAAGUAAUCGGAGGCGAUACUUUAUCUGGGGACGAACUAGUCAGAAGAUAUUUGUCCGAUUCUCGAAUAGAACAGGCAACUGCCUUAUUAUUGUCAAUGAAUUGGGAUACACAGUCACACGUAUGCAUGCAAUCGCUCAAUCAAAUCUUAAAUUAUUUAUUCAAGUUACCAUUAACAAUGGAACGAGAAGGUCUGAUACAAAAUGCACUGGGUAGUUUUCAUGUGCCUAUUAAACCGAUAAGUCAGGCUGUCGAAGAGGAAUAUGGAGAUGAAGUGAGAGAUUUAACAAGACGAUUCUUCUACCAUUUAUUAAGAUAUAGGAUGUUUGAAAAAGCCUUCAGACUAGCUAUUGAUUUAAAUGAUCAUGAUCUUUUCAUGGACAUACAUUUCUAUGCUGUGAUUCUAAAUGAUAUGGAACUGGCAACUGCAGCCAAAGAGAAAGCUGAGAAGAUUCUGAGUAGAUCAAAUAGCUGCAAUGAUUCGCAUUCAACAUGUUCGAGAGCAUCAUGUUCUAUAUGCUCUGAUUCAAGCAAUGAGAAAGGCGAAGAAGAAGAGGAGGAGGAAGAAGAAGAAGAAGAGGAAGAGGAGGAAGAAACAUAUAGUGAAGAAAGCGAAGAUUCUCGAAAAGAAGAACGAGCCAAUCUAAAACAAUCGAAAAGGCGCCAUUAUAGAAAAGCCUCCAGUCAAAUCCCACCCUUACCAGUUGUCCAUCCUCAUCAUGAUAUCAAGAAUGCAUUCACUACAUCCUAUAACAAUAUUCCAUCCAUUAAUAAGACUGACUAUCCUCGAAUACCUUCACUCCUGGAUACUUCUAACAGUAUUUUAACUUCGUUUAAUCACUCUUCGCAUGUUUCGAAUCCAUUUUUAGCAUCGACCUCUUUCAACAAAUCAUACAAUGUUCAAUCGAACUUCUCACCAGUUAACACGACAAACAUCAUCAACAGUUCUCUGGCGUUUAAUAAUGCAUCGGACGAUUUAAUGACUACAUCAUUCGGUAGUGUUUCUCUCACUGAAUCAGAAGUAAUAAUCGAUGAUCAAUCUGGCAACAAUUUUGACACUAGAUCAUAUGACAAAUCGUUACUUAAUGAAAUACCAUAUUCUUUCAAUAGUUCCACUGCCAAUGCAAUGACAACUUGUGCACAGGAGGAUAGCUUUAUCUCAACUCCCUUCAACAAACCGGUGUAUGAAUCCGAAGACAUUGAAUCUAAUUAUCUGGCAAGCUCAUUAAAUGCUAUUGACAGUAACAUUAUGUCAACGUCGUUCAGUACUCGAAUCACGAACGCUCCCGUUUUGCAUAGUAAUUCCUUAAAUGUAACAACGACGAAUAAUAACUCUGAAACAACUUCUUCCAUAUUACAAAGUGUAAAAUCAUCGAAGAUAACUGAUAAAUUACUAACCAGAAUUCUCACUGACACCGAUCGUUUGUCUCAAAUUCAAUCGCCUCUUUCAGACAAUAUUUGCAACAAUCUGAUGUCUACCUCGUUUAACUAUCCCGAAGGUAAUGCAGCUUCUGAAAAUAGCGGAAUUAUGUUUCCUAAUAGAUUUAACAGCAACGAUCAAGGUAUUAAGUUACAACAAUUUGAAACAAUAGAAGAAAAAGAAAUGGGCAUCGAUAUUCCACCGCCGCCUUCUUUGACAAGUUCUCUCGCUAAUUAUCUUCAUGGUCUACCCAGAAAAAAUUAUCCUCUGUCCAAAAGUGCUCCAGGUUUAUCAGACAUCACGGACGAAUCGAUUCACAAGUUUUCCUCGAGCAAAGCGACUUAUGUGUCGUCGCGCAUUUUACAAAAACCAAAUUCCACGUCGUCUAACAUAUCUCAAAGCCAAAAAACCCCGUCCCCAUCUUUUAAAACUUAUAGGUACAAUUACGACCUAGAUUAUGUACCAUUUCAUAGCGCUCGUGAUGACACAGACUUGCAGUAUUCACAAACAACUGGUAAACAAAGUUUUCCUACUCAAAACUUUCAUCCUAGUUAUAGCGCGCAACAUAGAUUAUUCGAAAAUAGAUAUUCAUCAAGAUCUUUCCAAAAUAUUAAUGUAAAUAAAGAAACUAGAAUAUUUUCCAACAUACCACCUCUGCCUGUGAUUAAUACAUCUACUGCCAAUCCGACAAUCGGCACAAGUUCGCCGUUCACCGACGCGCCAGUAAGUUCCAAUGAAAAGCCAAAAGUGAAGUUCUCGGAUACUGUUACUCAUAUAUUAGUACCUGGCGCAAUUCAAGGACAUAGGCAGAAACGACCUGCUACACAAGUACAUGUAACGGAUCCUAAACGUGAACUAGCUGAAAGUCUUCCACUCUGUCUGGGUAAUGAAGAUUAUCUUAAAGAUUUUCAACCAUUAUCUAAAGACGACAUAGACGAGAAAGUAAAAGAAACUCUCAAAUCUGAUGACAGUACAAAAAUUAAAGUUGUGCAUUUUGGUUUAUUGUAAAUCUACAAGUAGAGUAAGAGAAUUUGUUAGAAUUAAUUUAAUACUUGUUGCGAAAAUAGUUAUAUUUGCAUAUACCAUUUUAUGUAUAUAUGUAUUGUUAUGAUAAAACAGUGACAGAAAUAAGAUAGAAGUUGUUAGGCGGAUUAA